CUUUCUCCCCCCCCCUCUUUUUUUUGGGCCAGGCCUCCCCUCGGCUUCCCCCCACCCCCUUUUCCUUAUCAGCAAUUCAGAUCGCAUGCAAAUCCGACCCCCCCGUUCCUUCCCCAGCCUCUCCGCCAGCGCGCCUCUCCCCUGCCAGCUCCUUUCUCACCCGGAGCAAAGCGAGGAGAGGAGGGAUUCCGGGCUCUCGCUCUGCCUGCUCGGGGCUCGCGCGGCUUUCUGCCCCCCCGCUCCGGGACUGCGCCUCCCCCCCACUUUUUUUGCAACAAAAGUAACCGGACUCCCCUGCAGGCCCCCCCUAUGCAGCCUGGGACCGGCCGGGGGGCGCAGCCGGCCAGCUCCAGGGCUUGAAGCGCCCGGCUGGGGCCAGGGGAGCUUUUGCGACCCCUCUCCCCCCCCCCCCCCGCCGGCCCGGUUGCUCCUUUUGUGCCGCGAUGGGGCGGGCGGAGAGACCCCCCCGGCUCGUGGCCUGCCUGCUCUUCUUGCCGCUGAUGGGCCCCUGGCUGGGGACGUGCCACGGCGCCUGCCCCGAGAGAGCGCUGGAGCGGCGGGAGGAGGAGGCCAACGUGGUGCUCACGGGCACCGUGGAGGAGAUCGUGAACGUGGAUCCGGUCCAUCAGACCUACUCUUGCAAGGUGAGGGUCUGGAGAUACCUGAAAGGCAAAGAAGCUGUGAGUCAUGAGAUCCUUUUGGACGGCGGGAACAAAGUGAUGAUUGGCGGGUUUGGGGACCCCGUGAUUUGCGACAACCAGGUCUCCACGGGGGACACACGGAUUUUCUUUGUGAACCCUGCCCCGCACCACAUGUGGCCUGCUCACAAGAACGAGUUGAUGUUAAACUCCAGCCUCAUGAGGAUUACUUUGCGCAACCUGGAGGAGGUGGAGCACUGUGUGGAAGACAAACCGGGCAACUACUUCCCUCAACCGCUACCGACGCCCCAGGACGUGUGCCGAGGGAUGCUUUGUGGUUUUGGGGCUGUGUGUGAAAGAAACCCCGUGGACUCCUCCCAAGGAGUUUGCAUCUGCAAGAAAUCUGCUUGCCCUUCGGUGGUGGCCCCCGUCUGCGGUUCGGAUUAUUCGACGUACAGCAACGAGUGCGAACUGGAGAAAGCUCAGUGCAACCAACAGAGGCGGAUCAAGGUCAUCAGCAAAGGAGCGUGUGGUUCAAAGGACCCCUGUGUCGAGGUGAUGUGCAGUUUUGGCAGCACCUGUGCCCGCUCCACAGACGGGCAGUCGGCCAAGUGCAUCUGCCCGUCCUCAUGCAGUGGCGUACCUGAGAACACCGUGUGUGGCAGCGACGGCAAGGACUACCGCAGCGAGUGCCACCUCAACAGGCAUGCCUGCGACAAGCAAGAGAACAUCUUCAAGAAGUUUGAUGGGCCUUGUGACCCUUGCAGGAGCACCCACAACGACCUGAACCGAGUUUGCCGGGUCAAUCCCCGCACCCGGCGUGCUGAGCUCCUGCCGCGGCCUGAAAAUUGCCCCCUGAAGCGUGACCCGGUGUGCGGGGACGACGGCAUGACCUACAACAAUGAAUGUUUCAUGAUGAGGUCCGGUGCUAUUCGGGGGAUAGAGAUCCAGAAGGUGCGGUCUGGACCAUGUCAGCUCCAAGACAAAUGCCGGGAAGAAUGCCGCUUUAACGGGGUGUGCCUCAACCGCCGAGGGUCUGCCCGCUGCACGUGCGAGCGCAUCGUCUGCGACGGCUCCUACCGGCCGCUUUGCGGCAGGGACGGCCGGACCUACAACAACGUUUGCGAGCGCCAGAAGGCUGAGUGCCAGCAAAGAACCGCCAUACCUGUGAAACACCAGGGCCCGUGUGAUCUUGGAGCUCCCAGCCCCUGCCUGAGCGUGGAGUGCACCUUUGGGGCCACCUGCGUGGUGAAGAACCAGGAGGCUGUCUGCGAAUGCCAGCAGGUGUGCCAAACCGUUUACGACCCGGUCUGCGGCAGCGAUAACCUCACGUAUGGCAACCCCUGCGAGCUGGAGGCGAUGGCUUGCGCUCUCCGGAAGGAAAUCCGAGUGAGGCACAAAGGGCCCUGUGACCGUUGUGGAAAGUGCCAGUUUGGUGCCAUCUGCGAGGCAGAGACGGGGAGGUGUGUCUGCCCCACUGAGUGCGUCCCCUCCUCCCAGACGGUUUGCGGCACAGACGGGAACACCUACGGCAGCGAGUGUGAACUCCACGUGCGAGCAUGCACCCAGCAGACCAGCAUCGAGGUGGCAGCCCUGGGAGACUGUAAGACCUGUGGGACCACGGUGUGCUCUUUUGGGGCCAAAUGCAUGGGCGGGCAGUGCGUCUGCCCACGCUGCGAGAAACAGCCCUUGGCCCGGGUGUGCGGGAGCGACGGCAUUACCUACAACAGUGCCUGCGAGCUGCACGUGGCGUCCUGCCAGCAGAAGAAGGAUAUCGAGAUCUCUAGAACUGGGCCCUGUGAGGAUGAAUGUGGCUCAGGAGGGUCCGGCUCUGGGGAUUCUAAUGAAUGCGACCGGGACAAUUGCCGGCGUUACGGUGGCUCGUGGGAUGAGGACGUGGAAGACGACCGCUGUGUGUGCGACUUCACCUGUGUGGCUGUGCCAAGGAGUCUAGUGUGUGGCUCGGACGGAGCAACUUACGCUAGCGAAUGUGAGCUCAAAAAGACACGCUGUGAGAAACGGCAGGAUAUUUACGUCAUAACUCAGGGAGCCUGCCGAGGAGUACCAAGCCUUCCUCCUCCUCUUCAGGUGCUCCACUGUAGCCAAACCGUGUACGGAUGCUGUCCGGAUAACGUGACCUUGGCCCUCGGGGUCGGCUCCGCCGGGUGCCCAAGCACCUGCCAUUGCAACCCUUAUGGCUCCUAUGGAGGUGGAUGCGACCCUGCCACGGGACAGUGCUCCUGCAAACCUGGCGUGGGGGGCCUGAAGUGUGACCGGUGUGAGCCUGGCUUCUGGAACUUCCGUGGCAUCGUCACCGACAGCCGGAGCGGCUGCACCCCCUGCCACUGUGACCCCGUGGGCUCCGUGCGCGACGACUGUGAGCAGAUGACCGGCCUGUGUUCCUGCAAGACCGGCAUAACCGGCAUGAAGUGCAGCCAGUGCCCCGACGGCAGCAAGCUGGGCAUGUCCGGCUGUGAAAAAGACCCUUUAGCACCCUCAUCCUGCACCGAAUUGACGUGUGAAUUUGGGGCGUCCUGUGUGGAGGUUAACGGCUUUGCUCAUUGCGAGUGCCCGUCCCCACUGUGCACAGAGGGCAACAUGACAAAGGUCUGCGGCUCUGAUGGAGUGACGUACGGUGACCAGUGCCAGCUGAAGACCAUCGCGUGCCGGCAAGGACAGGUCAUCGAGGUGAAGCAUUUGGGCCAAUGCCAAGAAUCCAUCACAAUUGUGAGCUACACCACACCACCGACAACCACACGGCCUCUGGACUCUCUUCUCCCUCCACCUCCUCGGACCACGCCCCUCACUUUUGAAACAGCCAGGACGGCUGCCAGCUCGAGACACUUUGAUGCCACUCAGAGCCACCCAGCCACGAGGCGGACAACCACUGCUCGGCCAGCCACAACCGCUUGGACGACACACGGGGUUCACCGGACCACCCUCCGCCCCCUCUCUACAGCUCCUGUAGUUCCAGCCUCCACCCAGCCAGCGUUUGUCGAAUCUGGUAGUGCAGAAGGCAGUGGGGACCAAGAAAUUGGUAUCAGUGGAGACCAGGAAUCCAGCGGGUCGAGUUCCGUCGGGGACCAGGAAACCGACGAGUCUGAGGUCACGGGCGUCCCGACAAUAGAGAGAGCUACUUGCUAUAACACACCGUUGGGGUGCUGCUCCGAUGGCAAAACCCCUGCGGUUGAUGCGGAGGGAAGCAACUGCCCAGCCACCAAAGUGUUCCAGGGAGUUCUCAUCUUGGAAGAAGUGGAAGGCCAAGAACUCUUCUACACGCCUGAGAUGGCGGACCCCAAAUCAGAACUCUUCGGGGAGACCGCCAGGAGCAUUGAAAGCGCGCUAGACGAGCUUUUCCGCAAUUCUGACGUCAAGAAGGACUUCAAGAGCAUCCGGGUGCGAGAUCUGGGCCACAGCAGUGCCGUGCGCGUCAUUGUCGAGUCCCACUUUGACCCAACCACCGCCUACACAGCUGCUGACAUCCAGAGGGCCCUUUUGAAGCAGAUGAAAGCCUCCAAGAAGAAGACCAUCGCCGUGAAAAGGCCGCAGCAGGAGAACAUCCGAUUCAUGGACUUUGACUGGAUCCCCCAGCUCUUCACUACCACCACCACCACCACGACAGCCACCACCAUGGGCCUGCCCGCGGCCACCACGCGCCGUUUCACCACCACUCCUGCCCCUCGGGCGCUCUAUCCGGGGAGGCCCAGCAGUAAACCGCGUGGGGCAGCCACCACCAAGAGACCGAUCAUCACGGUGCCAGCCACGACUGCGAGGAAGAAGCCCACCCCGCCGCCCUCCACAAGAAAGUCAGCCCGGCCUUGCGACUCUCACCCGUGCCUCCAUGGGGGGACGUGCGAGGACGACGGGCAAGACUUCACCUGCAACUGCCCGGCUGGGAAGGGAGGGGCAGUCUGCGAAAAGUCCAUCAGAUACUUCAUCCCCAGUUUUGGUGGGAAAUCCUAUUUGGCGUUCAAAAUGAUGAAGGCGUAUCACACGGUGCGCAUUGCCAUGGAGUUUCGGGCCUCCGAUCUCAGCGGGCUGCUCUUGUACAACGGACAGAACCAUGGCAAGGAUUUUCUCUCUCUGGCGCUGGUGAACGGCUUUGUGGAGCUCAGGUUCAACACCGGUUCUGGAACUGGUGUGAUUACAAGCAGGGUACCCAUUGAGCCCGGCAAGUGGCACCAACUGGUGGUGAACCGGAACCGGCGGAAUGGCAUGCUCUCUGUGGACGGUGAGCCCCAUGUGAACGGUGAGAGCCCCAGCGGCACCGAUGGGUUGAAUCUCGACACCGACCUCUUUGUUGGAGGAGCGCCAGAAGACCAGAUAGCUGCGGUGGCUGAGCCAGCGACUUCGGGUGCAGCAACCGGGCCUAAAGGGCUGUGCAUCCCCGCCUCGCUGGACGCCAACAACUCAGUGAUGUACGACACUAAGCCAUGCGAGAAGCAGCAGCCGGCGCGGUUGCUGUACGGGAGCGGAGUGGGCGAAUGUGGCAACAACCCCUGCCACCCCAGCCCUUGCCACCACGGUGGGCUCUGCCACGUCAAGGAGGCGGAGAUGUUCCACUGCGAGUGCCUCAAUGGCUUCACAGGACCCACCUGCGCUGACGAGAGGAACCCCUGUGACCCCAACCCGUGCCACGUGUCUGCCACCUGCCUGGUGCUGCCAGAAGGGGGCGCCAAGUGUGAAUGCCCCAUGGGGAGAGAAGGGGAGUUCUGCGAGACAGUCACAGAGCUUGACCAGAUGACGCCGUUUCUGCCAGAAUUCAACGGAUUCUCCUACUUGGAGUUGAAAGGCCUCCAAACGGUCGUGCCAGAACUACAGAACAAGAUGACCAUGGAAAUUGUAUUCCUGACAAAGGCCCCAAGCGGCAUGAUCUUCUACAACGGGCAGAAGACAGAUGGCAGAGGGGACUUCAUCUCACUGGCCUUGCACGACGGCUACCUGGAGUACAGAUAUGACCUUGGGAGGGGAGCGGCUGUCAUCAAGAGCAAGGAGCCCAUCCCACUGAACACCUGGAUCAGCGUCUUGCUGGAGAGGAAUGAACGCAAAGGAGUGAUGAGAAUCAAUAAUGGUGAACGGAUCAUGGGAGAGUCUCCAAAAUCCCGUAAGCUAUCUCAUGCCUCCCUGAACCUGAAGGAGCCCCUGUACGUCGGGGGAGCGCCCGAUUUCAGCAGACUGGCCCGGGCCGCAGCCAUCUCCACCAGCUUUGACGGGUCCAUCCAGAAGAUUUCCAUCAAAGGAAUCCCAGUCCUGAAGGAAGAGAACAUCCUCAGAGCCAUCGAGAUCUCUACCUUCCACUCUCAUCCGUGCACUCGGAAGCCAAGUCCUUGCCAGAACGGGGGCUUGUGCCACUUCUUGAGCUUCGCAACGCACCCCGCCAGUUUCUCGGCACGCCAGAAAGUCAUCAUCGAGAAGGCAGCAGGAGACUCCGAGGCCAUUGCUUUUGACGGCAGGACAUACAUAGAAUACCACAAUGCUGUGACCAAGAGCGAGAAGGCCCUGCAGUCGAACCAUUUUGAGCUGAGCAUCAAAACGGAAGCCACGCAAGGCCUCGUCCUCUGGAGCGGGAAAGGCCUGGAGCGUUCGGAUUACAUUGCCUUGGCAAUUGUGGACGGCCGCAUCCAGAUGACCUACGACCUCGGCUCCAAGCCCGUGAUCCUGCGCUCAACUGUCCCCGUCAACACAAACCAGUGGAUCCAGAUCAACGCCUUCAGAGUGCACCGCGAAGGGUCCUUGCAAGUUGGCAACGAGGCCCCCAUUAUGGGUUCCUCUCCUCUGGGAGCGACACAGCUUGACACGGACGGGGCCCUUUGGCUGGGAGGACUAGAAAAGCUCAGCGUGGCCCACAAGCUCCCCAAAGCCUACAGCACGGGCUUCGUCGGCUGUGUAAGAGAUGUUGUAGUGGACCGCCAAGAACUGCAUUUGGUGGAGGACGCUUUAAAUAACCCGACCAUAUUACGCUGCUCGGCCAAAUGAAACGGCGAUGGGCCCCCGGGUCCUCCUUUCCUCCCGCCCCCCCUUUGCCGCUUUUCCUCUCUCUCCUCCACCUCCUGGCUAUUGCUGUAAUUAUUUUCUAUUUUUGUAAACAUUGCUUUUUAUAUUUUUUGUGGGGGAGGGGAGGGGGAACGCAGGGAGGAGAGGAGGACGAAGACAAAAACUUCGGGGGGGGGGUGCUGUUUAUUUUUGGUUACUCACUCGGUUGCGGUGUCCUCCCAUCCAAGCCUGUUGGACUCUUGAGAAGGAGCUGAAACACAUACCCCCCCCCCCAAUUUAAAAACCUCCAUGACGUGACCAAGGAACAAACCAAUUUCUCUCAAACCCCCCCCCUUUUAAUGUCAUCCUCUGCUGUAAACGUCAUUCAUACUUGAAACCUUCCCCCUCCGUCGGUUUGAGAUCAGAGUCCUCGAAGAGAAAACGAACAUUUCUCGGCACUGAAUCCUUCGAGAAAGCGAAAGGACAACGUUUGGAUCCGAGCAGAGACGCGGAGUCGCUUGUGGGACUUUGGGAGGGGGACCUUUAUAGCUGGUACCACAAGUUGGCAAGUCGGGGCAACCGUCGGGGCUCUGAGGCCCGCGGGGCUUGAGGAGGGAGCGCGAAGAAGCAGGACAAAAGUCCUUUGAGGACGAAUCGCGCCUGAUGUUUGCUUUGCCCUUAGUCUAAAUCUUAACUAGUCCCACUAUUAUCCCGUACUCACAAUUCAGGUGACAAAAGGCCGGAUUUUUUUUUGUUUUAUGUUGUUUUUAACAUUCUUCCAGAGCAGUGACUGAGGAUUCUAAUAUAGUAGUGACAACGGACCCCUGUCUGGAUGAGUGCAGAAUAUAAAGUUGUGAGUUCAUAUGUAGCGGUCGAGGAAAGCGGCACCCCUGCUGGGUGGGGUGGGGUGGGGUGGGUGCAGAGAGCAGCGAUGCUGUCUUGGCGCCAAGCUGGAAGGCGACGGUUUUUUAACCUGCGCUUGGCUCUUCGUCCCCCACUGGGGAGCGCAGCGAAGUCUCGGCAAAUGUUCUGACUGGAGCGUGCAUCUUCUUCCGUUUGCUCUUUUGUAGCUUGGUUAAAUUUAGAUCUGGUUCUCUUUCCCCCCCACCCCUACCAAAAAGAAAUGGCCAGAUUUCAGAGCCAUACCUUGGAGUGAGCACGGCGCGGCUGAUGUUUUUUUAGAAGUAUCCUCGUUGCCAAGGUUAAGCAUGCGGGAACAGCCGUGGCCCUGUUCUCUUGACCAUCGCCCCAUAAGGGUUGUCCUUGAAGGAGGUUAAGCUGCCUAGGGAAGCACCCAACAUGAUUCCUCUGAGUGCUAGGGCACCCAUCGACAUGUUUCGGGGCACCUGCCAAGUGCUUUUAGAAAGGCUGGGGGGAGGGGGGCAUGGACUAUUGCCACGCAAACCUUCUGAUUUGGCUGUUGGAGAUUUGAUGGUAUGGAUUUCUAAAAUUGCUUUCUUCUGUGUCUGACUGACAAUAAGCCUCAGGAGGCUUUUUGUGGCUGACUCCACGUUCCGUGGCUGCCAACAUGCAGCAGCCAUUUUGAGACUCGUUACCACAUACUAUCACAAUUCCAAAGGGGCCAGCAGGCUGAAAAAGGUUGGGGGCUUCUAGUCUAGAGUAGCAGGCAUGCGUCUACCUCCUCCCAGGAAACAACCCCAGAGCACCGCGCCCCUUGGCACGAAGCAGGGAAGACGUUGCCUGGUCAGCAUUCCAUGUUUCUGGGCUGCCGCAUUUGCCCAAAACGAGGUCCCUUUCAGAGGGUCUCUGUCAGCUGAUUUCCAGCCCACGUCUGGCUUUUUCUUCCUUAUCUUUACAAUGUGCGUGUGCAAGUUUGAGAGGAGGGACCGUGCCCCCCUACAACGUCUAACUGAAACUGGUUCCAAAUUAGUAGCCUCAGAGAUGGCUCAAAACCUUUUGGACGCCUGAGGUGGAAAAUCCAAAUGGCGCCCCUUCGCCUCUCCAUGGUGACAAAUAUGUAAUAAAAAAAAAAUUCCUGAA